AUGCAGCGAAGGAUUGGCUAUACUACCUACCUGCAGUACUUCUAUGAAGGGCUCCAGUCAACUGACAGGAGUAUUAUUGACGCUGCGAGUGGAGGAGCCCUGGCGAACAAGACACCGAAGGGAGCAUGGGACCUAAUCGAAGCCAUGGCAGAGAACUCCCAACAAUUUGGCUUCCGUGAGAGUAACCCUGCCCGUAGAGUCAACGAGGUAGAGACUUCAUCCAUACAGCAGCAACUGUCAGAGUUGACGUCUGCUGUCAGGCAAUUAGCCAUGAGGGACACACCGCGAGCGAAGGUGUGUGGAAUCUGCACUAGCAUAGACCAGUGCACGGACACGUGCCCCAUUUUGCAAGAGGACAGGGCGGAACAGGUAAACAUGGCCGGAGGCGUGCCCGCGCCCCGCAGGCAGUAUGACCCGUAUUCCAACACAUACAACCCCGGUUGGAGAGACCAUCCUAAUUUCAGUUAUGGGAACCGACAGCAAAAUUCACUCUUAAAUCGUCCACCAGGGUUUCAGCAACCAUGGCAGCAAAAGCCUCAACCUCCGCUCGCCAAUUCAAGUAGCUCUCUGGAAGAUAUUGUCAAGAGUCUAGCUACGACUACCGCCCAACUCCAGCAGGAGACUAGGUCGUUGACCACGAAUAUGGCUCAACUCCAGCAAGAAACUAGAGCCUUAACCAUGAGCACCACUCAGUUCCAGCAGGACACCAGAGCAGGCAUGAAAGAUAUGGAUGCUCGAAUAAGCCAAUUGGCAACUGCCAUCAACCGCCUGGAGUCCCACGCUCAUGGAAAAUUGCCAUCGCAACCUGAGGUAAAUCCCAGGAAUGUAAGUGCCAUGACGCUGAGGAGUGGCAAGGAACUGGAAGGGCCUAAAGUGGGAAACUCAAAAAGCAAAAGUGAGGAGGAGAUAGAAAAGGAAAUUGAGGAGGAAGGACGUGUUCGUGAGGAUCCUAAGAUACCGAAGUAUGCCAAGUUUUUAAAAGAUUUGUGCACCCACAAAAGGAAGCUAAGGGGGGACGAAAGAGUAGCGGUGGGAGAAAACAUGUCAGCUAUACUCCAAAGGAAACUCCCACCGAAAUGUGGAGACCCAGGUAUGUUCACCAUUCCCUGCAAGAUAGGAGGUACCCCAAUUAGGAAAGCAAUGUUGGAUUUGGGGGCGUCAAUUAAUGUUAUGCCGAAAACAAUCUAUGCUUCUCUUAAUCUUAGCCCAUUAAAAGGCACAGGCAUUAUAAUUCAACUUGCAGACCGUACCAAUGCUUAUCCGGAGGGGUUAGUUGAAGAUGUUUUGGUACAGGUCAAUGAGUUAGUUUUUCCUGCAGACUUCUAUGUCUUAGAUAUGGGAGAUGAAAAGGCAUUAAAUCCGUCACCUAUUUUGCUAGGUAGACCAUUUUUAAGUACUGCUAGGACAAAAAUAGAUGUGAAUGAGGGUACUUUGUCGAUAGAAUUUGAUGGUGAAAUUGUAAAUUUCAAUAUCUUUGAUGCGAUGAAAUACCCAGAUGAGACUAACUCUGUUUUUGCUUUGAGCAUUAUUGAACCUCUUGUACAAGACACAUUUGAAUUGAAUGGGGGCGAUGCACUGGAAGUGGCAUUGGCCAAACAUCUUGAGUUGGGAGCAACUCUUGAUGUAGGAAUAAGUGAUGAGCUAUACCAUGCAGUUGAAGCACUGCAUUCGCUCCCACCACUCUCCCCAAGGUAUGAGCUUACUUCUCUCUUUGUACCAGAAACUCAGGCAAAAUUGUUGCCUUCUAUUGUGCAGGCACCUGAGUUGGAGCUCAAGCCUCUCCCGAAGCACUUGAAGUAUGCAUUUCUCGGAGACAAUGAGACGUUACCAGUCAUCAUACCUGCUCCGAGCCUGUCACCAAGGACAAAAGAUGACCUUUAUUCGUCUUCUUCUAGACCAUAA